CAGGCGAUGAGACGAUGCACAGCGCUUCGCCCAAGCAGCUUUGGGGCAUCGAGUCCUCACCAAGCUAAACGAUGGCACUCGUACGAUAAGGCCGCCUUGACAAAAGAGGCUCUGCUACAGAAAGUCGAAGCUGGGCUGGGACGCGAUGCCGACGGCAAGCCAUUGAAGAUCGAUGCCGAGGCCAAGACGAUAUCGACGGCCGUAGGGAAUCUCCCCAUCUCGCCAAUAUUCGACCCGGCAUGGAUGCAGGCCAGGCGAAAGGUCGCAAAGGCUGCUCCUGGCCCCCCGCUUGGCAGGUUUCGACGGAAGCUGGCGAACAACCCGUUUGCACAGGCACUCGCUACGCCCAUACGGAAAUGCCCCAACAGCGCAAUCAGCUUGCCGCGAUACUUCUUACAAGACUUUGAGCUGGUACAGCACCCGACCACCGGCAAGCCAUGGUGGGCUCCCGGCCCGUUAUCUUUCGAGCAUGUGCAGCCUACGAAGCGGCUCGACGAGGAACAGCCGGACAUUAGCAAAGGACUGAAUGAGGAGGCCUUGACCAGGAAACCCGAGUCGGCUCCUGUGGCGCUCCGGAAAGAUGGCACAGCAGAUUCCGAAAAGGAUGCCCGACGACCACGGAGGGCACCCAUCACGAGCUACACGCUGAAUCGCAAGUCGCUCGUUGACAUGAUUGGCGGCAAGAACAAGAAAUACCUCUCCGUGCUGCUGGCGGUUCGCACAGGCAUGGCCGUAACGCCGGACAGUCGCGAGGCCGUGUGGAGAGAGGACAUGGGAGAGGUGCUGCUGCAGAAGAUGCGCCAACAGGCAACUGAUGCACUGGUUCUUCGCGGCAACAGGCUACAGCCGCACGAGGACAAGCACAGGUUUAUUGAGCCCUGCGCCAGCUGGAAGGAUGUCGAAGGAGUCAAGCUGCGGGGUUGCGUACUUUGGCUGCCGGAGAAGAGAGACGCCGCACGUCAGUACGCGACGCUGGACAUUGAGGGCGCCCAAUACGGAAAGAAGAUGGUUGUGCAUAACUUGUGGUGGCUGCUUGGCGAGCAGGAGGUGCAGCGGCUGAGGGAGUCGGCAGAGCUGUUUCGCGAGGGCGAGAUUUUCGUGCUGAAGCAAUGGGGGAGCACGAGCAUGAUGAGGCUGCACAUGCUGCUGUGGAGGCUGCAGGGCUAUUUGGCAGAACCCGCUCAACGCUUAUCGAUAAAAACAACCAUGCGCGGCGCUGCUGCCAACAACAACCCCGAGCUGAUCCAGCCCGAGGACUGGGCCCGACCCGACAAGCCCGCCCUCAACACGCCCGUCUUCCUCAUCCACGACGGCGGCGGCACCACCUUUGCCUACCACUGCCUCGAGGUCCUCGGCCGCUACGUCUACGGCAUCCACAACCCCUGCUUCUACUCGGGCGAUGUCUUUGACGGCGGCCUGCCCGACAUGGGCCGCCUCUACGCGCGCUGGAUCCGCCAGACGGUCCUCGACGACGGCUUCCCGGCGCGCGCGCGCAACCACGACGGCACCGUCAGCGUCCUGCUCGGCGGCUGGAGCCUCGGCGGCCUGCUGAGCCUCGAGGUCGCGCGCCAGCUGGCCGACGACGCCGUCGUGCGCGUCACGGGCAUCCUCAUGAUCGACAGCAUCUACCCGGGCAACGAGGAGGACGCCUCCUCCUCCGACGAGGCCCCGGCAUCGACAGUCGUCGAGAGCGGCCUGACGCAGAACCAGAUCCGCUCCAAGCGGUGCAUGGCCGAGGCGGUGCGCAUGAUCAGAGACUGGCGGCUGCCCGAAUGGCCCGGCAGCCUGUACGACCGACGGCCGAGGGUGGUGCUGCUGCGUGCCAAGGAGUACGUGCCGACAAAGGACGGCCGCAUCGUCGGCCUGGAUCUGAAUCGGGAGGACGAGAUGCUGGGCUGGGGGGACUACGACGACGACAUGUUUUGCGAUGUGAUGGAUGUCGAGGGCCAUCAUUUCGACAUUUUCGCGUUUGAGCGGAUAGACGGCAUUACGAGGGCCAUCAAGAAGGGGCUGGAUAGGCUGGAGGAGUGUUCCCAGAUGAUGAUGUAUGGGGCUUGGUAA